GCUUCUCCUAAGGGCAUCCAGGUCCCCCUCGCCUCUGCAGACAUCACCUCCCAAGCCCCUCUGUGGGCUCCUUGCCCCCUCCCUGCCCUUGCUUGGCCUCCUUUGGCUGGAUCAGAGCAAGUCAUCCUGCCUUGGAGCCUGGGACAGGUUCCUCCAGCCUCCUGGGCUCCGGGGAAUGCACUGACCAGCACUUACAGCCUGGGAGAUGGGGGAGACAGAGGUCAAGCCUGAUGGGAGUGUGGGAGGGAGCAGGCUGCCAAGCUGGUGAGGGAAGGGCAGGAGGGAACCUCGUCCCCCAUCCUCCUCCCUCCAGAGCCCCUGAGUCACUGGGGGCCCAGCCCAAGCCUCAUCCCCUUCCAGGUUGCUGAGUGAUCUUCCCCUGCUCUCGUCUCCUCCAUUCAACCCCCACUGAUGGAGGUCAGGGCCAGUGCAUCCACCCAGGGAGAGGGUGGGAGGGCUGCAAGGGUCAUGGCUUUGCCACAGUUAUGUCCUGGGCUGUGCCUGUCUUGGUUAAGAGAGAAGUCAUGGCAGCCCCUACUUAUCCCUGGUCACCUGGUUGGAGGUGGACAGACCAUCCACAGCAUCGUCAUCUUUGAUUCAUCCUCCUCCAAGCUCCCUUUGGUCGGCUUCACUUUCAGGAUGGAAGCAUAGAGGUCAAGAGAGGGGAAGUGACUUGCUCAAGGUCUCAUGGUGAGAGAGUAGCAGGCCUGGCAUUGGGACUUCUGCGUAUGGGGUCUUCUUGGCUUGGGAUGGGACACAGACACUCACUGGAUUGGUGAGGCUUGUCCCAGGCGUCAGAGUGUCUGGCAUCUCAACAUUCUUUGGUUUUCAUCUGCAGCUUCAUGGUGGCCGCCCCCAUCUUCGGCUACCUGGGUGACCGCUUCAACAGGAAAGUGAUCCUCAGCUGCGGAAUUUUCUUCUGGUCGGUGGUCACGUUCUCCAGCUCCUUCAUCCCCCAGCAGCACUUCUGGCUGCUGGUCCUCUCCCGCGGGCUGGUGGGCAUCGGCGAGGCCAGCUACUCCACCAUCGCGCCCACCAUCAUCGGCGACCUCUUCACCAAGAACACGCGCACGCUCAUGCUGUCUGUCUUCUACUUCGCCAUCCCGCUGGGCAGCGGCCUGGGCUACAUCACCGGCUCUAGCGUGAAGCAGGCGGCCGGAGACUGGCACUGGGCCUUGAGGGUGUCCCCCAUCCUGGGCAUGAUCACGGGAACGCUCAUCCUUGUCCUGGUCCCGGCCACGAGGAGGGGCCACACCGACCAGCUUGGGGGGCAGCUCAAGGCACGGACGUCAUGGCUCCGGGACAUGAAGGCCCUGAUCCGCAACCGCAGCUACGUCUUCUCCUCCCUGGCCACGUCGGCCGUGUCCUUCGCCACAGGGGCCCUGGGCAUGUGGAUUCCGCUCUACCUGCACCGUGCCCAAGUCGUGCAGAAGACGGCGGAAACCUGCAGCAGCCCGCCCUGUGGGGCCAAGGACAGCCUCAUCUUUGGGGCCAUCACCUGCUUCACGGGUUUUCUGGGCGUGGUCACGGGGGCAGGAGCCACACGCUGGUGUCGCCUGCGGACCCAGAGGGCUGACCCACUAGUGUGUGCUGUGGGCAUGCUGGGCUCCGCCAUCUUCAUCUGCCUCAUCUUCGUGGCCGCCAAGAGCAGCAUCGUGGGGGCCUAUAUCUGCAUCUUCGUAGGGGAGACGCUGCUGUUUUCUAACUGGGCCAUCACCGCGGACAUCCUCAUGUAUGUGGUCAUCCCCACCAGGCGGGCUACUGCUGUGGCCCUGCAGAGCUUCACCUCCCACCUGCUGGGGGAUGCCGGAAGCCCCUACCUCAUUGGCUUUAUCUCUGACCUGAUUCGCCAGAGCACCAAGGACUCCCCACUCUGGGAGUUCCUGAGCCUGGGCUAUGCCCUCAUGCUCUGCCCCUUCGUCGUGGUCCUGGGUGGCAUGUUCUUCCUGGCCACCGCGCUCUUCUUCCUCAGCGACCGUGCCAAGGCUGAGCAGCAGGCUCUCCCACCUCCCCCUGGGGCUGACGAGGUCCCUGCCCAGCACGUCCGGCCCGCCGGCUCCCGCGAUGCGAUGCUCCAGAGCAGUGCCCGGGCCCGGCCCCCGCUGAUGUGCCACCUUGACCCCCGCCCGUCUCUCCCCCAGGGUGAACCAGCUGGUGAUGCCUCCUACAUCCAUGAAAGUCUGAGGCAGUGCUGCUGGGAUAAUGGACCCGGACUCCUGCCUAGUCUGGGAGGUGUCCCCCAGCACCCUGGCCCUGCCAGGCUGUCCCGAAGCUUUCCUUGUGACCCACAGCAGGGCACCCACCGGCUCUGGUCUGGGACUGCUGAGUGGCAGUGGCUCCAAGAAGCUGUGUCCUCAACUAACCUGGAAGGCUGUGUCUGCUGGAGCCAUGCCCUGGGACAGGCCGCCCUCAGGCCCCAGUCUGGACCACAGGGGCCCUGGGGUCCCAGAGGAAGACAGCCCCCCAUGGGUGCAUGGGGAGAGGCUGGCCUGUCCCCAGCUUAUGUGAUCCUGGGGCCGUCUUUGCCCUCCCCAGACCCUGGGGCCAGGAGGCUGGACUUUCCCAUACAGCUUGCUGGGCAAGGUGCUGGCUGCAGCUUUGAAGACCCAACAGCCCCUGGACUACACGGAAAGGAGGGGGUCCAGGCCUCAGGGCGGCACUUCUGGCUCCCCAAGGGCCGGGUGGGUGAGGACCUCUGACCUUGAGGACACUGGACUCAACCUGGCAAGAGCUGGGCACCCAAGCUGUUGGCGCUUCCCAGCCUGGCUGGUCACUCUGGAGGACACUGGUCUCUACCCUCGGGCUGGCUGUCAGGAGGUCUCCCAGGUCGGGGACUGUGCUGACAGGAAGCUGGCGUCACCGGGAGUGAAGGCCCUGGUGGCAGCAACACACCACCUGUGCCCCAUGCUUGAGACCUUUGGGGGUUCCCCGUCCCUACAGGGCUCCUUGGAUCCAACGAAGCACCCCCACUGUCCAUCCCCUGCCUGACCAUCCCCACAGAUGCCAGGAACUGACUCCUACCCCCAGGCUGGACCCCUUCCAGGGGCAGCGCCCAGGGGAAUAUUCCCAGAAUCCGUGGGGCAGGAGCCAGGGCUCUGGCUGCCAGAGGAAGUGGCCAUCCUCCAAGCUUCCUGUCGCUGGGAAAAGCCUGAUGGAGGCUAAGGUGCAUCGGGAGAGGCCAGCAGUCAAGAGUCACCUCCCUGUGCAUGUCAGCCACUCAGUUCACACGUUUCCAUGUGGCUGAGACCCCCACCCCUGCAGCCACACACCAGGGUACAGCUGCCAAGUUCACAUCAGACCCCCACACCCCCACUGCCGCUUGUCCCCUCUGCUCCACACACUCCCCACCACAUCAAGGUGGUUCUGGUCUGGUGGGCCCUGUGGGGCUGGCAGGAGACCCCAAGAGCCAGCCAGCUUAGUGCUCCCUGCUCAGUUUCUGGUUGGCGUGGCUUCAGGGGUGGGUAAGUUGGCGGAGCACCCCACUCCCCACCAAGCUCUGGGGUACCCUGGGAGCGGGGCUUAACCAGGGGGUGGGAUUCCCCCGAAGACCAGCCUGGCCUCCACUCCCACCCCAGCCUCAGCCCGGGGCCCCAGCAAUGUUUUCUUGUUGUACAAGAACCAGGUCCAAGUGCUGCUUCCUCUUCCUUCCGGAAGCCAAACUGCUCCUUUAUUUUUUAGAGCUGCUGAUUGUGAAUCUCAGAGUCCUAAGAGAAGCCAAAUAUAUUCCUCUUGUAAAUGAAGAAAUAAAGCUAUUUAAGUCA